AGACGCACAACUCACUUCCAAUAUACUAAAACGCGAGACCCAAAGAACAUGUCUUACCUCUCCCACCAUUCCACCUGCCAAUCCAUCCUCGCAGCGCUCUCCCUCUCCGCCCUCGACCCGUCCAAAGCAACCCUCUCCACCCACGGCCGCGGAUCGGGCUUCGCAUCCACCGCACACCUGCGCGUCCUCGUCCCAAACCCAGAGAACCCACAAGCCGAGAUAGAGAGGCACUUCUUCAUCAAAACGUCGUUAUCAUCGUUAUCCCGCCCCCACGUUUCCAGCGGCGGCCCCCAUCCCGAUCCCGCACCGGACCCCGCGAUGGAAAUGUUCCGCGGCGAAUGCGCCAGUCUGAAUGCGAUCGCCGCGGUCGUGCCGGCGCUGUGUCCGCGCGGUCUAGCGUGGGGUAAGCUGGGCGACGAUGGCAGCGGUGGAUGGUUUCUUGCUACGGAGUUUUUGGACCUGGGAGGCCCUGCGGGGAGGGGAGGGAGGAGUUCGUCGGGCGUGAUAACAUCAAGGGCGCGCUUGGCGAGGAGGCUGGCUCAGCUGCAUUGUACGCCGGCGCCGCCGGCGCCCACGUCGGUCGUCGGAGAUGAAAUUGUCAAUUUGGCGGAGAAGAGGAAAAAGGAGGAGGAGAAGAAUGAUGAUAAUAACGUGGAGAAUAGUAGUGGGGUUGGCGAUGAGGACGAUGGGCGAUUGCAGUUCGGGUUUCCGGUGCCGACGUUUUGUGGGGAUGUGAGGCAGCCCAAUGAGUUUCGUCGGUCGUGGGCUGAGUUCUAUGCGGAUCAAAGGUUGCGGACGGUGCUUGCGGAGUCGGAGAAGAGGAAUGGGCCUGAUAAGGAAUUGAGGGACUUGGUGGAACGGGUUGCUGUGGAGGUUGUUCCCAGGCUACUUGGUGAUGGCCACCUAGGAUAUGAUAGGCGCGGGAACGGGAGUGGGGUCGUUCCUGUGGUUGUUCAUGGCGACCUGUGGAGUGGGAAUGUGGGAAGGGGGAAGAUACUCCGUGCCAGAAUCAGUGAUGAUGAUGCCGGUUUCCACGAGGAAAAGGAGGACAUUGGCGAUGUGGUAUAUGACCCAUCAGCUUGCUAUGCACAUAGUGAGUUUGAGCUUGGGAUUAUGAACAUGUUCGGAGGUUUUGGCAGGGACUUCUAUGAAGAGUACCAUUGUCUGGUGCCGAAGACAGAGCCAGUGGAUGAGUAUCAUCACUUAAACCAUCAUACUAUAUUUGGUGGUGGUUAUCGAUCCGGCGCUGUGUCCAUCAUGCAGAAACUGCUGAGCAAGUAUGGUCAUCACUAA